CUCUGAAGAGCUUCCCACCAAGUUUUUCCUGGACAAUGGAGGAAAAGGGCUAUGGCAAUCCGUCCACUGCUAGCAACUCCCUUCAUUCUGCAAGGAUUGUAUGAAAUCCGGCCACUCCACCGGAAAUUGCACCAAAACCAAGGGAGAUCCUCCCAAAGAUGCUUCCAUGCAGAAGCAGCCAAGCCUCCAGCCAGCUCCUCCUGCCAAUCCCCCAGUUGAUGAAGCUUGCAGGGCGAGGUGGCGCAAGCAACACAUCCACUCCAUCAAAAACAAACAAGGUACUUUCGUCACCAGCUUCCAAGAUAUUUCCCAAGCGGGAGUGGACUUCUUCACAGAUCUCUACUCAGCAGACUCUCCAGGAGACAUGGAGCCCAUCCUUCAGAACAUUCCCAAAAUCGUCAAGGACAUCCAAAAUGACAAAUUGUGCUCCCUCCCAACCUCUGAAGAAAUCAAUAGCGCGGUCUGGCACUUGGAUCCUAACAGUUGCGCGGGUCCAGAUGGAUACAAUGGGACUUUCUACCGUGAAACCCGGGACAUUAUUCACGAGGAUGUAACAAGUGCAGCCCAAGAAUUCUUUCUUAGUAUCAUCCCCCCCAAAGACAUGAGAAAAGCCAACAUUGUCCUGAUUCCUAAAAAGGACAUCGCCGAGUCAUUUGCUGAUUACAGGCCCAUCAGUCUCACGAACUUUUCCUCCAAAAUCAUUAGCAGAAUAUUGGUGUCCAGGCUCACAAAUCUUCUGCCUGACAUCAUCUCCGAGGAGCAAGGGGGUUUCAUUCCCGGAACCGACAUCUCUGAUCAUAUCCUACUGGCCAGAGAAUUCUUCCAUAUCCUGGAUCGCAAAACAACAGGAGGCAAUCUCGCUUUAAAACUUGACAACUCCAAGGCGUUCGACAAAAUUUCCUGGGCUUACAUUGAACAAUGCUUUAGCAGGUCUCUCAACAAUUUGUAUGCACUCGGGCAGCUCAGCAGAUUUAACACUGGAAGGGUUAACACGGUGAACCACCUUACUUUUGCUGACGAUGUACUAAUCUUUACCAAUGGAUCCCUCCCCAACCUCAAAAAAAUAAAACUCUUCCUAUCCCAGUUUGAGUUAGCCACAGGCCUCCAACUCAACCUCGAAAAGAGCCAGCUAAUCUCACCCAAACCACAAUCAAACGAAGCUAAGCGCCAAAAAAACUGCCUUGGGAUGCAACUUGCUAAACCUCCCAUCACAUACCUUGGUGUUCCACUCUACAAGGGCAUCAACAGGGCAAGCUACUGCCACGACCUCCUCAAGAAGUUUGAUGACAAAUUAUCAAGCUGGAAGAUGCACACACUUUCUCAGGCCGGGAAACUCACACUCAUCAAACAUGAAACUCGCCCAUUUCUUCUGGGGGGAACCGGUGGAGAUCGCAAACAUGCAUGGGUUGCAUGGAAAGAUCUCUGCAAACCCCAAGAGCAUGGGGGCCUGGGCAUUCAAAACAUCCACAUCCUCCAGCAAUCCUUUGGAAUCAAGCUUUGGUGGAAGUAUCACUUCAAGCCUUCCUUGUGGUCUUCCUUCACCAAGCAGAAUUACCACCGACAAGGAGCAUUCACUUCUAACAUUAUUGACAGCCCUACAUGGAAAAGAAUCUGCCAUGCCAAUGCCUUCGGCGAAGCUAACUCUGAACUCAAAGAUGGCAGCCUGUUUAGGAACCUUGGAAAACUUGGCUCCUAUUCCAUCAAGGAGGUUUCUCACAUCCUCCAGGAGCCUAGCCCAUCUCUCCUCACUGCCCAAAUCCCAUGGCCUAAAAAGGGAAUCCCCAUGGCUAACCUCUUCCUCUGGAAAGUCACAAACCACGCCACCCCAUUCCCCAACAACCUACGGAAGCUUGGAUACAACCUACCAUCAUCAUGCCUCUUUUGUGGACAAGCUGAAGAAUCCGACCUUCACUGUCUUAUGCUCUGCCCUAAAGCAAGCAGGAUCUGGAAUUACCUAGGCUCUACCUUGGACCUCCCUACCAUAACAAACUCCUCCCUCAAUCACAACUUGAUCAUGUGGCUGCUGUCUUCUUCCCCCUCUGACCCCCUCUUUAACCUCAAACGCAUUCUCCCCACCAUUAUUACCUGGGAGCUUUGGAAAGCUUACAACAAAAUCAAGUGGACCGAGAGCUCCUUUAAUGAGGACAAAACACUUGAACACAUCAAACUUUCCCUCAAUGACUGGUCGCUAGCUCACAAAGGCACUCCUGUACAUGCUAACCGCGGAGGUAGGGGCAAAAUCCAUAGACUCAUUCGCUGGAUACCUCCGGAUCCUUAUUCAUACAAGCUGAACGUGGAUGGAAGCUCUAGCAUUAAUGGUUGUGGUGGAGGCGCAGUUCUCCGUGAUCACAAUGGCAAGUUCAUACAUGCAAUCUCGUUCCCUCUACCCAAAGGGACAUCACUCUCAACAGAAACCCUAGCCAUGUUGACUGCCAUCAACUACUACAACAUGUCAGCCCUCACCGUCGAAACUGACUGCAUGGAUCUCAUUAAGCUCCUUAUGGAAGCCCCAUCAUCCAACGCCAUCAAAUUCAUCAAGGAUAAGACCCAGCAACUCAACCUCAGGCUCUCCCACACCCUUCGGGAGGCCAACAACGCGGCCGAUUUCUAGCUAAACUGGGAACGCAAAGCUUUAAAUGUACACCUUUCAAUACCUUAGCAUGUCUCCCUAAGAAAGUCAAGGCAACCAUAAGCCUUGAUAUGCUUGUACCCUAUUUAAGAUUGCAAUAAAAUACCCCCUUUCAUAAAAAAAAAAAUAUAUAAUGUAUUUGUAGACUAAAACAUUUAAUUGUGGAACAGUCUCACUAGGAUCCCUUAGACCUUUUUGAUGAUUUUAGCCAAAAGGUCAAGAAACGUAGUAGAAAAUUUAUUUUUUAGUAGAUGAGUUCCACCACGUUAAAAUUUAAACACAACACAAUAACAAAAAAUAUUACAUAUAUACUUGGCUGGAGAGUCAAUUUGACAAUAUUCACCUUGGUAAGAGAUUUUCCUAUUUAUUAACCUCUUUCAUGUCCUAUUUGAUGACAGG